AUGUCUGUAGUCGUUACUGGCCCUCCAACAUCUCCACACAAGCUGUUACCAACCAGGAAUGAUGGCUUAGGGAAAAGCUUGAAAUUUGUGCAUUGCGGACAGAUCAUUACUCAGGAUAAGGAUGCGCUAAGCGGAUGUGGGACACGAAUGGCUCCCGAAGGAUUGUCAGCCACACUUUCAGGCACUUUAGUGCAGUGGAAUAAGCUAUACACUGUGAAUUCUCCCAAGUCCAAGUACAGCCCGAAACGCGGCGACUUCGUAAUUGGGCGAGUCACUGGCAUCGGAAGGGCUUCGUGGCGUUUGGACAUAAAUUACCGACUUUCUGCAAAACUGCGUUUGCAGAAUAUGAGUAUGUCAGGCGAUGAACCGAGGCGGAAGAAUCUGGAAGAUGAAAUUGCUAUGAGCGACCAUCUCAAUGUGGGCGAUUUGAUAUGUGCAGAGGUGCAGCGAAUUGGCCGCACGGGAAAAUUGGAGCUGCAGUCAAGGGGCCUGUUGAAAAAGUUUGGGCAGGGUAUUUUGCUGAAAGUGUGGCCAAAUUCGGUCAAAGCACCGAGGAGGAUAUGUCAUGUUCUUGGCUUCAUCAUAGUAUUCGGCUGUAAUGGUCUAAUUUGGGUUUCGUCACAAGUUUUUGCGCCAAAUUAUGGCGAGAACUUACCUCCUCCAAGUCCUGUGGCUAAACGCCAAGCAAUACUUAGGAUGACUGCCUGUAUCCGAAUUUUGACCAAACAAGGACUCAAAAUUGAUGACGAGACUCUCAUCUCCCUGUUUAAGCUAUCCAGAUCUUACAAAGCAACAGAUUUAGCUAAUCCCCAUAUCUCCCAAGCACUCAUAGCUGCCAUGAGAUGCCUUGAAAAAUAG